ACGCUGGUGGCGCUGUACAUCUUCUGAACCACCACACAGACAGGAGUGAGAGACAGCCAUGGAGAGGUGGAGAACGGACUGUUUUCUUUGUUAUUUUUAAACUCUUGCUAUUCGCAUCUAUGACACGAUUCACAGUGAGCUGUACAAGCAAACAUUCCCGAUGCACUCGAAAACGGCAAGUAGGUUUUCACAGGAGAAAUUCUUUCACGGUGGCAUAAGUAGAGGGGUGGAUCUGAUAGUUGUGCACUGUGGGCUGUACUGGGACGGGGUGUAUGGACGCUGUGAACAUGAGCGUGGGCGACAAGGUGGGGGGUUACCUGGUGGAUCUGGGGGGCAGCUUCACUGAGGAUGCCCCCAGACCCCCGGUCCCUGGGGAGGAGGGAGAGCUGGUGUCCAGCGAUGGACGGCCCUACAGCCACGGUUUCUAUUCCUUCAAGAGCCUCAAGAACGAGGCCUCCACAGCCACGCCCAGACGACCUGACCUGGACCUGGGCUAUGAGCCGGAGGGCAGUGCCUCCCCCACGCCGCCCUACCUUAAGUGGGCAGAGUCCCUGCACUCCCUCCUGGAUGACCAGGAUGGUAUCCACCUGUUCAGGACGUUCCUCAAGCAGGAGGAAUGUGCCGACAUGUUGGACUUCUGGUUCGCCUGCACUGGCUUCCGGAAGCUCGAAGCCAACGAGGGCCAGGGCGAGGAGAAGAAGCUGAAACUGGCGAAAGCCAUUUAUAAAAAGUACAUCCUGGACAACAAUGGAAUAGUCUCGAGACAGAUCAAACCGGCCACCAAGAGCUUCAUCAAGGACUGUGUGAUGAGGCUGCACAUUGACCCGGCCAUGUUUGACCAGGCUCAGACUGAGAUUCAGACUAUGAUGGAGGAGAACACCUACCCGCUGUUCCUCAAGUCCGAUAUCUAUUUGGAAUACACCAGGACUGGGGGGGAGAGCCCUAAGCUCUACAGCGACCAGAGCUCUGUCUCUGGGGGCGGGAAGGUUUUACCAGGGUAUUUGCCCACGCUGAACGAGGACGAGGAGUGGAGAUGUGACCACGAGCUGGAGGAGCAGCAGGAGAGUGAUCCCACUCCCAGCAACCGGCUCACUCAGAAGCUGCUUCAGGAGACAGCUUCCCAACGCGUCACCAGCACCAAGAGAUUCCAGGACAGUCACGAGUACAGACGUGUGCCGUGGCGGGAGCCUGUCAACCCGUACUAUGUCAACACGGGCUACGCCAUGGCCCCUGCCACCAGCGCCAACGACAGCGAGCAGCAGAGCAUGUCCAGUGCCAGCGACGUAGACACACUCUCCCUGACAGACAGCAGUGUAGAUGGGGUUCCACCAUACAAAUAUCGCAAACAGCAUCGACGAGAGAUGCACGAAAGUGCCAAAGCAAAUGGGCGUGUGCCACUACCUCAUAUUCCUCGCACAAACCGGAUACCAAAGGACAUUCACGUGGAGCCGGAGAAGUUUGCGGCGGAUCUGAUCAGCCGGCUGGAGGGAGUGCUGAGGGAGAGGGAGGCCCAGGAGAAACUGGAGGAGCGGCUGAAGAGAGUCAGAUUGGAGGAAGAGGGUGAGGAUGCAGACAUCUCCACAUCCACCUCGUUCUCCAGUCACAGACUGCCCCCUGGUGCCCACCCACAGCACUACAACAACCCCCGCUACUCUGACAUGGGCUACAACGGCCUGGCACUGCAUCCUGACGCCCACGAGGAGAACCCCGAGAGCAUCCUGGACGACCACGUCCUGCGAGUCAUGAAGACCCCCGGCUGCCAGUCCCCGGGCACCGGCCGCCACUCUCCCAAGUCCCGCUCACCCGACGGCUUCCCUGGUGGCAAGGUGCCCGGACCUGGGAUGCCACCGCCCACAGGCCCGGGCAAACACCCAGCUCGGCUGGGGCCCAAAGGGGAGGCUGCCAGCCACCAAUACCACCACAAACACGUGCACCACAUCCACCACCCGGCCGGAGGGAAGCCCAAAGAGCAGGUGGAGGCUGACGCAGCCAUGAGGGUCAAUGGUAACUUCCACUGGGGGACGGAGCAGCACAACUAUGGGUCCAAGUCUCGCAACUAUGCUGACGGCACGGGCCCCAGCCCGAUGGAUCCUAUGGGCUACAGUAGCAAAGGUAGCACGCUAUCGAAGCGGCCGUUUAAGAAGGCUGAGGAGGUGCGGACCUUUGAGGUGCCCGUGCCUCCAGAGGACGUGGAGAGGAACCAGAAGAUCCUCCAGUGGAUGAUGGAGGGAGAGGCGGUCCGCAACAAGAAGAGCCCCUACGGGAGCACCACAGGGUCCAAGAAGACCCCGUCGAGCCACGAGGUGUCGCGGCCCAGCUCUGUGGAGCGUCCCGGGGCAGUGCAUCCUUGGGUCAGCGCCCAGCUGCGGAACAGUGUGCAGCCCUCACACCCCUUCAUCCAGGACCCCACCAUGCCCCCCAACCCGGCCCCCAACCCCCUCACCCAGCUGGAGGAGGCUAGGAGGAGACUGGAGGAGGAGAAGAAGAAGACGGGGACCUUACAGACCAAACAGAGACAUAAAGUGACGAAGAAGCCCGCGUGUGAGAACAUUACGGUGGCCUACUACUUCUGUGGGGAGCCCAUCCCGUACAGGACGUCGGUCAAAGGUCGCAUGGUCAUGCUGGGCCAGUUCAAAGAGCUGCUGACUAAGAAAGGAAGCUACAGGUAUUUCUUCAAGAAGGUAAGCAAUGACUUUGGGGUGGUGUUCGAAGAGGUACGCGAAGAUGAUGCCAUCCUGCCCAUCUUUGAGGAGAAGAUCAUUGGGAAAGUGGAAAAGAUUGAUUGACAUGGAGGUGGAGAGGAAGGAGAUGUUCACAAAGUCGGCCUGCGACGGAGCUAUCGAUGGAUGAGCUGUUCACUUGAGAGAGACGGAGAGAAAGUGUUUGAUUAGAGGGAGGAUUGGCAGUGGAGAAAAGGUACUGAGUAAGUCGCUACAGGAGGGAAUGGAUGAGAGGAGGAGAAAAUGAGAAGAGUGCAUAGUGGUCAAUGUGGGAGACACUCAUGACUCCAAGGCUUUCAUAUCUGCUCAGUGCCACUGCAUUGUGCAGACAGAGUAGGAGAGCAUUGGACUAAAAAAGCAGACAUUUUCCCCUUCAGUGUCUUUCUGAGUGUAAUGUAAUGUAGCAUUGUACAAUUUGACUAGAAGAAAAAUGCUAUGAAUCUGCUUACUAAAGCAGCAUAUUAUUUUUGAUAUGACGUAUCAGAAGGUAUCCUUUCUAAUGUAACCAAGCGUGUCAUUUUUAUGUGUUGGUACCAGAUGUGUACAGAUUGUCUGUUUUAAAACAUAACGAUAAAGUUUUAUAUUAUCUAUUUAAAUAUUUGAAAAAGCGGUUGUUUUAAUCCUAUUAAAGCAGUGGCGCUGUUCCAAUUCGACGAGAUCCAAGUGUUUUGACAGGGCUGUUUUUCAAGUGUUGUAGGAACUAUUAUACAGCCCCAUGUUCUACCAAGUGCUUUUUACAGGAACACUCAACCUUGCCAGUCCUCUAAAGGUAAGUGGCAUUGAGUUGUCAUGCUGCACUUAUCAUUGUAUUAUGCAUUAGUGUCAAUGGAGCAAAAUGAAAAAGGAAUGCCUUCUUGAGGUUGCCCUUAACUGAUUCUGCCUUCAUGUUUUAUGUUUUUCAAUUAGGAAGGGACUCCCCAGCAGUAGCUCGAUCUGUGUACAAUGUACUGUACUCUGAGGUCUCUAAACUUUCCCCAUAGUGUACGUGUGUAUGCACAUUAAAUACAUUAUUAUACCCAUACCUGCAGACAUCUGCCAACUUAAAUUGAUCCCCGCUAUGCUCGGUAACUUUUAGAUUUUGCUACAGUUAAUUGCUACAAUUCUUAAUUGUAGCAGAUCAGCGCAGAAAAUAGCAUCUUUGAUCAGAGAUAAUCACAACCAGUUGUGUACAUGCUACUGACAGUUCAGAUCCAGAUUCUCUUUACAGUCUAGAGCUUUUGUAGGCAUUUAAGACCAGAGUCCAUAGUAGAAGUCUCCAGAAGGUUCAUACACGGGUGUCUGUGUAGAGAAAGGGUCUGUGUGCGGAAGUUUGUCACAAAUUAACUACCGCGUUCAAUAGAGCGUUGAUCAUCUAAUGUGUGUUCACAUGCAUUCAGAAAGGCUCCUGACCCCAUGGUUUCACUCUGGACAAUGAAAGGACAUAGUAUAUGUUUACCUAGUUAAUAUAUCACAAAUACAGCUGAAUAAUGACUUGUAGCCUUUCAUAGCGCUAUAGAGCUACAUUUGGUGCCUGGCAGAAAUUCUCUCUAGAAAUAACUUUAGUAUGAAAUGAUCUACUUUUUUGAUAGGUCACAAUACACCAAAGAGAACAGUAGAAGUUCAUAUGUUUGUCAUCCCCUUUUCUUGUCUUUAUUUACCCUCAUUCACAUGGGUACUGUUUGAUUAUUCUCCAAAUCCCUGUGUUGAAGUGAAAUUCUCUUGUACAAUGUUCAAGGGCAGGGCUCUCCGACCCUGUCCCUGGAGAGCUACCUUCCAUGUAGGUUUCCGCUCCAACCCUGUUCCUGGAGAGCUACCCUCCAUGUACGUUUCUGCUCCAACCCUGUUCCUGGAGAGCUACCCUCCAUGUAGGUUUCCGCUCCAACCCCAGCUGUAACUAACCUGAUUCAGCUCAUCAAUCAGCUAAUUACUACAAUCAGUUGCACUAGAUGAGGGUUGGAGGGAACCUGCAGGACGGUAGCUGUCCAGGAACAGGGUUGGAGAGCCCUGUUCUAGGGCGUUGUGCCGGGGUCAGUGCAAGGUGGAAUGUGCUAACCGUUGUGAUUAGGAUGGUAAGGACCUUUUUCAUCAGAGUGCUGUAUUGCUGAGUGUUGUUCUGUAUCAACACCACAUAUAAGAGGAUGAUCUCCUUUUCUGAGAUGCUGUUUUUGUAUUUAUUUAGAUGGAUAUUUUUAAAGAAUCUGUAUGAAGUUAACAUAUGUAGUGGACAACCCUCUAUUGCGCCUGUUUAAAGAUUUGAAUAACCGUAUUUUAUGUUUUUAUACUGAGAGGUAUUUACUCCAUGAUCUUUGACAAUAUUGGUACUCAGCCAUCAUCUGUCACACUACAAUGUAGAAUUUGGCUCUCUGUUAUAAUUAUCAUUAGAUUAUUAGAUGUUCACUGUCUGUAUGUAUUACCAAUGGAAGGCAGUGAUUCUUACUGUGAAAGCCCCAAAGUGAACUUCCCCCACUUAUGGUCAACGAAAUGUACAUAACAACCAUCACAGAGUGCCUUUUAUUGCCAUCCUCUCAUGUCAUCCGCUAUGUGAUUGUCAAGUAUUACCAGGGCCUUGCUUUAUAUUUUUAUUUAGCGUCUUACAAACAAUGUUCUGUUGAAGUGUUUCCUAUGUCACAUCUCACUUUGGAUAAAACUUUUCUAUGUAAAUAUGUAAAAAAUUGUACAUGUCAUCAACCAGCAAUUCACUUAGGAGAUAUUCAAUACCCUGGACCUGUUUUCUUUGUGCUGAGUUGUGCGGUUAUCAUUUAAAGGUACUUGGAACAAUAAAUACAUGUAAUAAACCUGAA